AUGGCGACAACUUGUUUUCUCUUGUCCAUUACUUUGCUGCUGGUCCAGAACUGCUGUAUGUAUAUGCCUAACUUCACAAUAGGCGCAGUAGCAACAAAAUCCAACAUCAGCACAGAUGAGUCGGCUCUUAGUGCUCUGAAAGCUCAUGUCACUAGUGACCCUCAAAACAUCUUGACGACCAACUGGUCUACCUCCAAUUCCAAUAUUUGCAGCUGGAUCGGCGUUACUUGCAGUCUACGUCACCUCAGAGUCACAGCCUUGAAUCUCUCUUACAUGAAUCUCACAGGCACUAUCCCUCCCCACUUAGGCAACCUCUCAUUUCUUGUUCGACUGGAAUUCGGAAACAACAGUUUCCAUGGCACCUUGCCCCAGGAAUUGUCCCGCUUGCGCCGAUUGACAAGAGUUAGCUUCGCGAACAACAUCUUUGUGGGGACCAUCCCAUCAUGGUUCGGGUCCUUAUCUAAACUUCAAAGGAUGAGACUGAAUGGUAAUCAGUUUUCUGGUUCGAUACCCACUGCUAUCUUCAACUUAUCUGCACUUUAA